AUCACUCUUAUUUCGCGUGAUAAAAACUUUAGGGUUACUUACAUAAAAAGCCCUAAUAUUUGCAGCUAUUUUCAAUGUUAACUCUAAAAUUCAUUUUAUUAGGAUUACAACUUUAAGGUAAUGUUUUGUUUGGGAUUUGGCAAUAAAAGACUCUGAACUGCAGCCAAAUCUGUCGUGUUUCUAUGUGAUUGCCGAUCACUCGCACCGCGAUCAAUAUCUCCGGCGUGAAGAGGAGCUUUCUUCUUCAUUCGAUUUCGUUUGUCGUCUUUUCGUUUCCGUUCUCACACGUUAAACAGCAACUUGAUUGUCGAUUCGCUAUCUGAUCAACUGGGGCCUAAUCGAAACUUUUUAAUCAAUCGAAACCUAGUUUCCUCUCUGUUUGGAAAACAAGGAGGGAAAAAAGCGAUGCAGUUGUAGCUUCUUUUCUAGAGAGAGCACCAAAGAGAUGCAGAAAUUGGGUGAUUUCAAACUACCCCAGUUCUUCAAUUACCCACCAUACUUCACUUUGCAGCCAGUUAGGGACACUCGAGAGAAGCAAGUACAGCUCUGGAAGGAUCUUAUCCUUGAUUAUUGUAAAACACAGCACAUAUUUGUGAUUGAAUUGGAAGAAGAAUUUCCCUUGUUCUCUAACCCUGUGAUUGAAAGAUCUCUCAGUCAUGAAGCUAGAAAAGCAUUUCUCUCAGCAUUAGUUACAGAAGGCCGCGCAGAAUGGUUAGACAAAGGACAUAGGAAAUGCCUUAUUUUGUGGCAUCGCAUCCAAGAUUGGGCUGACAUUAUUUUACGUUUUGUGAAGGACAAUGGUUUAGAGGAUGGCGUUAUGACUAUUGAGGAAAUACGCUCAGGAAUUGAAUCUCGGGGAACAGAGCUUCACGGGAUAGAUCGCACAAUUUUGAUGCGGGCAUUGAAACUACUAGAACACAAAGGGAAGCUUGCAAUCUUUAAGGGAACUUCAACUGAUGAUGAAGGUGUGAAAUUCUCUGUGUGAUGUUUCAACUGUCGCAUUCAACUGAUCAGGAUAGGCAAACUGUACUGCUUGCUUCCUAUUUAUGGACUUGGUCAAUUAAAUUUUCUGCAAAUAUGAAUUUGCUGUCAACUCUUUUAGAUGGUCGGCCUACUGUUUUUUAUGGGUUCUGGAUGGCACUGAAGGUUGCCUUACUAAGCCCCCGGCCCAAUAUUUAAAUUUAUCAGCUUCUUAAGUUUGUUUUA